UACAAUUUGUAUGAACCAUGCCACUUAGGCUGUUAACUUGUUAUCCUCAUCCAGUUCUAGCAACCGGCCAUUAGCUACUGCCAGAAAAUCCAAGCAUCAAUCUAGCAAAGCAAAGCGUUUGCUAAUGGAGGGUCUAAUUCAGGUGCCUUAUGAUGUUACGGUCAGGUUCAUGUUGACUUCCUUGGAGCGCAAUUUGUUGCCUGAUGCUAUUAUAAGGAGGUUGACUCGGCUUCUCCUGGCUAGUCGUCUUCGUUCUGGUUAUAAACCCUCCACUGAGCUGCAACUCUCCAAUCUCCUUCAGUUUGCUCAUUCCCUAAAGGAGAUGCCUAUAGCUAUCAAGACAGACAAGCCUAAAACUCAACAUUACGAAUUGCCAACCUCUUUCUUCAAGUUGGUUCUUGGGAAGAACUUCAAAUACAGUUGUUGUUACUUUUCUGACGAGUCGAAAACUUUGGAGGAUGCUGAGGAAGCAAUGUUGGAACUGUACUGUGAGAGAUCGCAAUUAAAAGAUGGCCAAACAGUUCUUGAUGUGGGGUGUGGAUGGGGUUCACUUUCUCUAUACAUUGCCCGUAAGUACCCCAAUUGCAGGGUUACAGGGAUUUGCAAUUCCACCACUCAGAAAGCUUUUAUAGAGGAGCAAUACCGGGAUCGGCAAUUGCAAAAUGUGGAGAUCAUUGUUGCGGACAUAAGCACAUUUGAAAUGGAGGCAUCAUACGACAGGAUAUAUUCGAUUGAAAUGUUUGAGCAUAUGAAGAACUAUCACGAUCUUCUCAAGAAGAUAUCAAAGUGGAUGAAAGAGGAUAGUCUUCUUUUUGUUCAUUAUUUCUGCCAUAAAGCAUUUGCUUACCACUUUGAGGACAUAAAUGAAGAUGACUGGAUAACCAGGUACUUCUUUACAGGAGGUACAAUGCCUUCAGCUAAUCUGCUUCUAUAUUUCCAGGAUGAUGUUUCUGUUGUCAACCAUUGGCUUGUGAAUGGGAAACAUUAUGCAAAAACUAGUGAAGAGUGGCUGAAGAGGAUGGACCGAAGCUUGGCUUCCAUUAAGCCAAUAAUGGAGUCCACCUAUGGCAAGGAUCAGGCUGUGAAAUGGACAGUGUAUUGGAGAACAUUCUUUAUUGCUGUUGCGGAACUCUUUGGAUACAAUAAUGGAGAAGAAUGGAUGGUUGCACUUUUCCUAUUCAACAAGAAAUAAAGCCGUCAUCAAUGCUCAUUUCCACCAAUAAUCAACUUUGGGCAUUAGGGGACUAAAAUAAGAGCAACUGUAGAAUCGUUGAAUAUUUUGCAACUCGUACGAGUCACACACGUCUUGCUACUUGUUCCAUUGGAAAGACGAAUGCAUUUUGUACUUUGGACGAAACCAAACAACUGCAUCAAGAAGCGUCAAUGCAGAGAAUAAAUCAUAGCAUAAAAUUUAAAUAA